CCUCAAUUGCAGCUCUCCGUUGCAGCUUCGGUUUGCCGCUCCGUUAGAGAGCGGCUUGCGCUCUUCGGCACAGGCUCGGUUGCAGUCUUUGCUGCCGGCUUGGCUCCAGGGUUCGUCACAACACAAGCUUGGUUGCAGGCUCGGUUGCAGCCUUGGCUCCCCAGCGUGGUUGUGGGAUUUUUGUCAGGCUCGGUCGCAGCCUUGGCUCCCAGCGUGGCUGCGGGAUUCGUCGCAAGCUUGGUUGCAGAUUCGGUUGCAGGCUUGGAUUGGCUGAGUGAGUGCAAGUUGCCAGCUCGGUCGGUUGAAGGCUCGGCUUGGUUUAAAGGUCUGUGAGAAUGACCAUCCUGGAGAACAGGAGAGGGGACAUGGAGGACCCAAAAGACAUAUAUUGGUCACCACUGACUCGUAAGGUGAACAGCGAUGGAUCGAUUAUCGAGCCAAGUACAGGGUUUCGUUUCCCAGUUCUGCUGAGAAGCGAUGUCGAUGUUCAGGAUAAUGCAUACCGUGUUCUUGCUGGUGUGGGCUUCCGAGACAAGUCUCUAUUGAGGCUGAAGACAAUCAUAGUGUAUGCAUUCGGAUUCUAUGUGAAGCCGGAGAAUCUGCGGUCCGUUCUCGGAAAGAAGUAUGCAGGCGUGGCACCAGAUGUGCUCAAGUUCCGGACAGAAUUUUACGAUGACUUGCUGAGCCAUGAGCUAGACAUGACGGUCCGGGUUGUUGUUAAUUAUAAGAGGCUGAGGAUGGACAUGGUUAGGAGUGCCUUUAACAUCUCUUUGAGGAACAGAUUAAGAAAGAUCACUGGUUCUGACAGCGAUGCCGGCCUUGGUUGUUUCUUCGACUAUUUGAGGGACGAUCUGAGAAUGAAGAAGGGCACAGUUAUUGAUUUCCGCUGGCUUCCAGGUGGUCGUUUGACUACUGAAGUCAGUGGGAAAGAGCUUGGAACGAUCGUUAGCCCUUCCCUUUGCCGUGCAUUCUUUGACAUGUACAUUGGAGAGCCUCCAGUGCUUCAGGCCACCAAGGAAGAGAUCGGCGAGAGCUUUGCACGUAUCUUAAACUGCGAUCGCAUGGGCCGGCCAAAGCAAUUGUGUGCGCAGACAAAGGAUCAUUCCUGAUUCAUUUCAUUUCGAACCAUUCUCUCGCAGAGUUGGAAGUGAUUUAUGCAUGCAAUGCAUUUAGAAUCUUAGAUAGACUCUAGUAUCACGGCGGUGUGCUUCCUGGCAAAAAGUUGCGAGCAAUUCAUGCAUGCAUCGAGGCUGUAUCAAAGGCUGUAUGCAUUAGUCUCUGCGCGUUGCCGAUUUAUUGCCGACGCUCUUCCAAUGAAGGUGCAAGGAACUGCUCGCAUAAAUUGUUUGACACAUAACGUACGUCGCAUAAAUUGUUUCGAUACAUUGCACGCAGUCCGUAAAUUGUCUGAUACGUUGCAUACAUUUGCAACAUCCAGUCUAGUAGAUACUUUGCUAAGGGAACUGUACAGCCUUGGCACUUGGACAAGGCUGGAUGAAAUAGUGGCUGCAUGUUUUUUUCAGAGUUUUUUUUUUCUCCCCUUUCCGCUUGACGGGGGUGAAGGCCGACGCAUUGCUCAGUGAGAGUGUGUGGCAUACCGGAUCCACUUCCAUGCCGAUGCCCGACGUCAAAUGAUCGAGAGGGUUACGGCGGUGUUCCACCGGCCCCGAACAUAACGCACCCUGAUUGUCAAUGUAUACAAACUAUGUUUCUAGUCCAGCACAGCGUUGUGUUCAGGGGGGAAGCCGUUGGUGACAAUGGAGCUCUGGUCAUCUGAUUGCAUCCGGAUUCGAACUUGGGUCUGUAUUUCAACAGUUCAUCAUGAUUGGUCUCCAGACGCUGCACUCUGCACCAACUGAGCUAGGCCGGUUGGUCGGUCCGGUGGAGACAAGGCAGGUGGCCUGACACAGCCCGAGUUGCGGAAAUAAAAGCAGAGUAUGUAUGGAUGGCUAAAAUGAGAAGAAACUUCAAGAAAGUUGAUUUGCUUGCCCACUACCCCGUUCGCUCUCCUUCCCAGUCGCCUCCAUUGACUCAGGUCACCAAGCUGCCCGGCUUUCGCACCCGCCUGCAGAAGCAGGCGGUCUCUCCCAAUGACAAAUGCCUACCCCUUCGGCUGUUCGAGUAUCGGAGACCAACCUGGCUUCCAGACUUCGAACAGAAAACCGCCGUGUAUACUUGUUUGUCGGGCAGAAGCAUCUGCAGCUUAAGUGGAAUGGGACCUGGGACUUGGGACUUGGGACUUGGGACUCUGGGAAUCUUUUCAUAAGGAUAUCUCUCCUAUGUAUUGUGGACGGGAGGAGUGAUAUCCGCUGCACCGAACCUCUUUUUUCCCCCCCUUUUCUUAUUGUUCCUGAUUUCAUUCGUUUAGUUCCAUCGGGAUUUCAUCGCAGCCGUACAUAUCAACCAUUCAUGGGUGUACCAACUGAGCUUGGGCCGGUUGGUUCCGCUGAACCUGGUCACUUUUUCCGUAUGAAAACUUGGUACAUCUGGCUGGGAAGGCACUCAGAGGGACUGUCCCUCAGAAAACGCUAGAGGAAUGACUGGAGCUGAGAUUUGUGGGUCUUCUGUGGCACCAUAGCCAACUUGUUUGUGUUCCAGCAUCGGGACCGGAACUGGGCCCAUGGUGCCAAACCCAGCC